CGACGAUGGACAACGAAGGAUAUACGUUUGGCCCUGAUCAAUGAGCGUGAUCCAGUCUGACUCUCUCUGGCGGGUAUAAGAAUGGGGAUGUCCUCGACAGCUAAAGUCUAAUCUGCUUGCUUUUGCCCUUUACUUCAUUAUCAAUCGCUUAUCUUGACGAUCAUGUCUAUGUGGGCUCCCGCUCCUCCUGCUGAUACCCCUCUGGGCGAAUACCGCCUCCUCUCCCCCUCGGCUGGUGUGCGCGUCUCCCCCCUCUGCCUAGGGGGUAUGUCCAUCGGCGACGCCUGGGGCCAGGGGAUGGGGGACGGCGUCGCGCUCCAAGGGGCGUUCGAGACGCUAGACUUGUUCUACAAGAGCGGGGGCAACUUUAUCGAUACGUCGAACAACUACCAGGACGAGCAGAGCGAGAAAUGGAUUGGGGAGUGGAUGAAGGCGAGGAAGAAUAGGAACGAGAUUGUGCUGGCGACCAAGUUCACGACGAGUUACCGCAAGCUUCGCAACACGGACAAGAUCCAUGUGAACUUUACCGGAAACAGCAGCAAGUCGCUGCACGUCUCCGUCGCCGACAGUCUCGAGAAGCUCCAGACGACGUACAUCGAUCUCCUCUACGUCCACUGGUGGGACUACACCACCCCCAUUCCCGAACUGAUGCAAUCGCUCAACUCCCUCGUAGCAGCUGGAAAAGUCCUCUACCUCGGGGUGUCCGACACGCCCGCCUGGGUCGUAUCCAAAUCCAACCAGUACGCGCGCGAUCACGGUAUGGCCCAAUUUGUCGUUUACCAGGGCAAGUGGUCCUGCCUCGAACGCUCGUUUGAGCGGGACAUCCUCCCCAUGUGCCACGCGGAAGGGAUGGGCCUCGCUCCCUGGGGCGUGAUUGGCCAGGGGAAGUUUAGGACCAAGGCCCAGCUUGAGGAGAGGCUCAAGCAGGGAAGCAUGCGAUGGGGUUCGCAGACUCUUACCCCGGAGGAGAAGGCUGUGAGCGCUGCAUUGGAGAAGGUUGCGGAAGAGGUUGGCCAACCGGGAAAACUGGCAAAUGUGGCCAUCGCUUAUGUCAUGCAUAAGCAGGCAUACGUGUUCCCCAUCAUCGGAGGGAGCAAGACGAAAUAUCUGUUAGAAAACAUCGAGGCACUCAAGAUCCAACUCACUCAAGAGCAAAUCGACUACCUCGACAGCGCGAUAGAGUUCAAGCCUGGGUUCCCGCAUGAUUUUAUCGGCCCUGAUCCGGCGCUGAGCAACGGGGUGUGCAAGAACUUCUUGCUGAACUCUGCUGCGAGGAUCCAUUAUGUAACUGCGCCGAAACAGGCUGCUGUCUGAGGGGAGCGGCGUCCCGCAAACAUUCCCAGACGAUGAUCCUGUUCGAAGGA